CACUAGUUGUGAAAAGUUGUUGUGCUGAAUUGCCACUGCAUGCACACAUCCAUCCAUCCAGUAAAGAGCCUGGUACUACCUGUCAUCCCUUCCUUACUACGAGGAGCACACUUGCACUUGAAAGAUACACUGACCUUCUACCAGUUGGUUGUUAUCAAGUUUAGCAAGGAAAAUGUGCUUUGUGCUGUCUCACAAACAAGAUCAAAAGUGUACAUAAGUCUCAUCAUGGUCCUUUAAAGAGAGCUCCCGAAGUAUCAUCUCUUUUUCUACUCCCGUGGUAAUUGAACUUGUGCCUGCUAAGUUGCUAACCCCUCUCCAUCAAAAUAUGCACUCAGAUUCCAAAGUGAGUGGGAAAAAUCGUUAUGAUUUGUUGCUUGUUGAAGUGGGAGUUUUCCAAUCAGUUGAGGUUAUGCAUGAGUGCGAAGCUGGCUUAAUUGAGGACAAUGAAGCGCUAUGACAAUUUCACAGAAGACAGGAUUGCUGUAGUGGACAUAGUCCAAACCGCUGCCCAGAGCGAUCAAUCGCAAAGUUCCGACAUGGACGUGGAACAAGGUUUCUCCAAUCCACUGGCUUCUCAAGAACUUCAGGCCCAUCAUAGUCAGAUCUUGGAAGAUCACUCCGCUCCUUUGUCUGCCGUCAACGGACACCGACCCUCCAAUGGAACCAGCAACAAGGUCAAGACUGAUAAUCUGGAAUUCGAUCAAAUUGAAGUGUCUUUGGUGGAUGAUGCAGGUGCAGGCGUUCCAGACGAAGUCUUAGUCAAUGCCUCUGAUUUCUUCCUGGAACACAACGACAACUACAAUCUAACUUGGCGGGAAGCGUCUCAUCAAAUAUCCGAGGUGGCUGAAGAUCCCUCUCGGCCUCCAAUUCCAGGAUGGAAUGUUCCCUAUUGUCGGUGGCGGUUGCGCAGGGUCAUCGAAAGUCUCUUCUUUCGAGUGCUCACAUUACUCUUGAUCGUGAUUGAUAUAAUCAUUGUGAUUCUAGACCUGGCUUCCGGCAAGGAUUUUGACGAGGUAUCAACCUACCAGAUUAUUGACCUCAUCUUUACCAUCUAUUUCGUGGUGGAAAUCUUCCUCCGGCUGAUUGCUCUAACUCAGCCAGUUUUCUUCGCCACGUGGUACAAUGUAGUGGAUUUCGCCGUGGUCCUCAUCACUCUGGUGAUCGUCAUUGUUGGAAUGACACACAACACUUGGGCGGAAAGGCUCUCGCUUCUGACCUUGCUGCGGUUGGUUCGGAUCUUCCGUUUGAUCCGGUUGUACACGGAGAAACAACAAAUCGAAACGGCAGCUCGUCAAAUGGUGUCUCAGAAUAAGCGUCGCUAUCAACAAAACGGCUUUGAUCUUGAUCUCACCUAUGUCACGGCAAGAGUCAUUGCCACCAGCUUCCCUUCCUCGGGACUCUGGGCAUGGUAUAGGAACCCCAUUAGUCGGGUGAGCAAGUUCUUGAACAUCCAACAUCCCGAUCGAUACAAAAUCUACAACUUAUGCUCGGAAAAGACGUACGACACGGAGUACUUCCAGCACCGUGUGGAGCGUUUCAUGAUCGAUGAUCACAACGUUCCCAGCCUCCAACAAAUGUUGGAUUUUGCUCAAAGCGCCAAGAGUUGGUUGAAUGCAAAUCCCGAGAAUGUCAUCGUGGUCCAUUGUAAAGGAGGCAAAGGUCGCACUGGCACCAUGAUAUGUGUUUGGUUGGUGGAGGCAGGCAUAUUCACGAGUGCCAAUCAGAGCCUGGAAUAUUUUGGACAAAGGAGAACGGACAUGAACGUUAGCAAGAAGUUCCAAGGCGUCGAAACCCCCAGCCAAAGUCGUUAUGUUGGCUAUUAUGAGGUCAUGAAGAACCAUUUAGGCGGCCAAGUGCCCCUUUCCAGUCCUUUGCUUCUCAAGAAGAUCGUAAUAAGGGGCAUGAUGUAUGUGGGAGAAGGUAAUGGCGAUGACUUCUUCUUCAAAGUUGACCAAGGCAACGGGAAGGAGCUGUAUUCGGCCCACAUUGGAUUCCGAAGAAACUGUCACGUUUCAUACAAUCCCGAGCGCGAUAUCCUGGAAAUAACCACCGUGAAUUCGCCCAAGCUAGACGGAGAUGUGAGAGUCCUCUUCCAAACCAAUUCCAAGACCGUGCCCAAGGGCUACGAAAAUUGUCCAUUCUACUUUUGGUUCAAUACUGCUUUUGUAGCUGACACAAGUCGAAAACUCAUUUUGACCCGAGAACAACUGGACAAUCCCCACAAACCCAAGACGUGGCACUGUUUCCGCGAAACAUUUCAAAUCGAAGUCUUCUUUGCCGAAGGCACUUGAUCCAAAUUCGAUAACCAAUUUGUGUGGACUAGGACCCGCGCACCACAAAAAGACAGCAAUAUUGUAUGUUAGGCAAGUCUUGGGCGGAAACCUUAUUCUCAAGCACAUUGAACUCGUGGACGAGCUAACACGAGCUUUAUCAAAUAAAACAAGUUUUGGCAGAAAAGCCAUUCCAAGUC